AAGAUUGUAAUAUUAGGUCCACCCGCCUCGGGGAAAACAACUAUAGCAAUGUGGCUAUCCAAACAUCUGAACAGCAGUCUCCUCACCAGGGACAACUUAAUAGCAAGACAGUUUCCCCAUGUGGCUUUCGAAGCCAGCAAGCAUUACCAGAGGAUCAAGAUGAUUUCCAACACGCUGUUCAUCCAGCUGCUUCAGGAGCGCCUGGGGGAAGAAGACUGCAUCCGGAGGGGCUGGAUCCUGGAUGGCAUCCCUGAGACUCGGGAGCAGGCACUCAUGAUCCAGUCCCUGGGGCUCAUCCCCAAGCACAUCAUCAUGCUGAAGGCCCCAGACACGGUCCUGAUUGAGAGAAACUUGGGGAAGAGGAUCGACCCUCAAACAGGAGAGAUCUAUCACACCACCUUCGACUGGCCCUCUGACCCUGAUGUCCAGAACCGACUAGUGGAGCCGGCAGGCAUCUCGGAGCUGGAGACAGCUCAGAAGCUGCUGGACUAUCACAGGAACAUCAUCAGGAUCCUUCCUUCUUACCCAAAAAUCCUGAAGACCAUCAGUGCUGACCAGCCAUGCGUGGACGUCUUCUACCAGGCUCUGACCUACGUCCAAAGUAACCACAGAACCAAUGCCCCAUUCACCCCCAGGGUGCUGCUGUGUGGGCCCCAGGGCAGCGGGAAGAGCCUGCAGGCCGCCCUCCUGGCCCAGAAGUAUGGCCUUGUCAAUGUCUGCUGUGGACAACUACUGAAAGAAACUGUGGCAGACAAGUCAAGUUUUGGUGAGCUCAUUGAGCCCUUCUUUGAAAAGAAGGUGACAGUCCCCGACAGCAUCAUCAUCAAAGUGCUGGUCCAGCGCCUGGAGAAGCAGGACUGUGUUCAGAAAGGAUGGGUGCUGCACGGCUUCCCACGAGACCUGGACCAGGCACAAAUGCUGAAAAAAGUGGGCUUCAGUCCCAAUAG